AUGCCUUUUGCUCCAUUUAUAGGGGUGAAUCAUCACGGACAAUCCAUUCUACUAGGGUGUGGCCUACUAUUCAGCGAGGAUUCUUCCUCAUUCAUUUGGCUUUUUAAUGCAUGGUUGACAUGCAUGUAUGGAUGUGCUCCGAAGGCAAUAAUAACUGACCAAUGUCGAUCAAUGGGCAUUGCUAUUGAGAGGGUGUUUCAAAACACCAAGUAUAGAUUAUGCUUUUGGCAUAUCAUGAUGAAACUCCCAGCUAAAUUUGGUGCUCACACUCAAUACAAAUCUCUAAAACAAACGAUGAAAAAUAUUGUCUAUAACUCAAUCACAAUUGAUCAGUGCGAUUAUGAAUGGAUGAGAAUGGUAGACGAUUUUCAAUUAGAAGAUAGCGAUUGGUUAAACUCUUUGUACAGAGAACGAAGUAAGUGGAUACCUGUCUACGUAAAACACCACUUUUGGGCAGGCCUGUCAACCUCACAAAGAAGUGAAAGCAGGAAUUCUUUUUUUGACGACUUUGUUCAUUCAAAAACCUCCAUCAAACAGUUUGUUGAGCAAUAUGACAGGGCUUUGAAGAGAAACAUCGAGAAAGAAAUGAAACUGGAUUUUCAGUCAUAUAAUUCAAGUUUGUCAGUUGUUUGUGGCUAUCCCGUGGAACGACAAUUUCAUAGUUUGUACACUAACGACAUUUUGAGGAUAAUCCAUAACGAAGUGGCCGGGAUGUUGUAUUGCGAAAUCCAAAAUAUUCAACAGGAAGGUCCAACUCAUGUUUUUGAUGUAUUAGAGAACAUUCUGGGAAGUGCAGGAGAAACCUUGAGGGACGUUUGGUUGAAAGUACACUACACCGCGAUGGGGAAUUUUGUAAAAUGUCAAUGUAAGAUGUUUGAGUUUAGGGGAAUUUUGUGCAGACAUAUUCUUAUGGUGUAUAGAAGAAUGAAAGUGGAUCAAGUGCCUGAGAGAUAUGUCUUGAACCGUUGGCGCAAAGAUUUGAAACGAGGUUAUCAAAGCAUCACCAAUAUUUAUGAUUUUGAUGUGUUUGAAAGUCAAAGAAAAAGGUAUAACAGUCUAACUCCAAUGAUGCAUUUGUUCCAACAGCUUGCAUCACAAUCUGAAGAUAAUACCUCAGUUGCGUCUAGACUUUUGGAAGACAUUAUUCAAAAGUUGAUGUUGGAUUUUGAUAAUUCAUCUACAAGUUCCACACCAGCAACUAAUCCUCCAACCGAGAAAGUGAUUCACUCUCCGGUUAGAGUGAAGGCUCGAGCGUUAUAUUGA